AUGGGGAUGGCAAUGGGUACGGGUUUGGCAGGUCUUGGACCCGGAACCGACCCAUUUGGGGCGGGUCUGGAUCAGCUAAAUGGUUCUGGGUCGGGUAAUGGGUUUAAGUGUUUAGAACCGGAUGGUUCUGGGUCGGGUUACGGGUCUUAUUGGAACCGACCCAGAACCGACCCGAUGGAACAUUUGAGCAAACUUGAUUUCACCCAUUUGAAUGUAUCUGGUGAGAACUAUGUGAGUUGGACAAUGGAUGUUAAGAUCCAUCUCACUAGUAAGAAAUUGAGGAUGGCAAUCGUUAAGGAAAAUCUGCUUAACGAAGCCCAGAAGGCUGAAGCCAUGAUUCUGAUUAGGAGGCACCUAGAUGAGGUCCUCCGUUUGGACUACUCAUCGAUUGAGGAUCCCCAAAUACUAUGGGAUGCCCUGGCUAGCCGAUUUGAUCACCAAAAGACAAUCCUCUUGCCUGAAGCAAGAAAUAAAUGGAUUUACUUACGGUUUAUGGACUUCAAAACCGUUAACGAGUAUAACUCUGAGGUAUGUCGCAUCAAAUCCACCCUGGAGUUUUGUGGAGAGAAACUAACUGAUGCGGAGAUUCUAGAGAAGACGUACUCUACAUUCCCUGCCUCACAUAUGAUACUGUCUCAACAGUACAGAGCCAAGAACUAUACUCAGUUUUCAGAGUUGGUCACAGUUCUGCUCCUUGCCGAGAAGAACCUUGAUCUUCUUUUGAAGAACAACCAGGCUCGACCAGUUGAAGCAAAUUUGGUCAACAGAAACAAUCGUGGUGGAGGCAGAGGCCGUGGGUUCAAUCGUCGAGUGAGGGGAAGAGGUAAUAGGGGCGGACAUGUUCCUUAUAAUAGGCCACCUAAUGGUCCCCCACAGUAUGGGCAAAUGGGGAAUAUGCCAAGAGGAGGUAACAAUGCUCGACCUAGAGGUGCGCAGCAGAAUAGAGCCCCGAAUCAGAAUCAAAAUCAGAAUAGAGAUACAUGUCAUAGGUGUGGUGGAACUGGGCAUUGGUCACGCACCUGUCGUGCGAGGAACGUUAUGGUUGGUGGUGUAAAUAACAAUGCACCACCGGAGACCAACCUGGUUGAGAUAGACGUUCUCAAUGAGGAGCCCAUUGCUCGACUCCCAAAUCUGGGCACAUCUGACCCAAUGACCCAGUUUGGAAUAUGA